CUCCCAGCAGCAGACACUUCUCCUGAGUGCAGCCGCAAGGAAUCUCCGAGAUCACCCUGCACCUUCACCGCAUGAACGUGUUCAGACGCACCUGAAAGUGCUGUGUGUGAAACCACACUUGCUGAAGAUGUAAAUGCCUCUGUGUUCAGAAUGUCAGCUCAGGAGCUUGCCACACAGCUCUGCAAGGAAGGGGACCAGCACCUAGCUAUGGAUGAGCUGCCGCUAGCCACAGCUUUCUACAUGGCUGCAUUCAGCUGCAGUGCACUCCUGGCAGUGCAGAAAGUAAAGUCCCUUGGGAAGGGGCCCUGGGAGAAAGUGAUAGCUACCCUGGAGACGUGGUGCACAGGCAAGAGUCACAUUCCCAGGAUACACUGCAACAACUUGGCCAUUGUGUCACUCAAUGUGGGAAUAGCUGCAGUCUUUCUAUCCACCCUAAGCCCCAACAACUUGGCUUCCUCUGUAGUCAAGCUAGAGGCCAUGCUCAGGCAGAGGCGCUAUGAAGAUGUGGUGAGCCGGUGCAAUGCCCUGCUCAGCAUUCAUCCCAAACACUCAGUGGAGCUGCUCCUGACGAGGGCUUUGGCCUGGGUGCUGUUGGGGACGCAAUCUGGGAACGGAGUUGUGGACUAUAUCCAAGCUUUUGUGAUGCACCGGGCUGAGACGGUGGCAUAUAUGUGCAGCAGGCAGAGGGAACACCUGCCACUGGUGAUCCAGACCUUCUCUGAUUACCUCUCAGUGCAUCGGGAGAUGGGUCCAGAUAGCAGGGCUUUGGAUAGCCAGUUGGGUGACUGUUAUGACUUCCUCAUUGCCGUGGCACCGAAUGGCAUCCAGGUAUGCUUGGCACAGGCUGCAUACCUCUAUGAGAAACACAAAUUUGAGGAGUGUGUGGCAGUUUACAGCAAGGUUAUGGAGGCCUUAUCUGCUGGUAGCAAGCUCAGAGAUGAGAGAGCUUUGGGUGUCCUCCUAGGCCGGGCCGCUGCUUACUUCUCCUUAGGUGGGCGGACACGGGAGAUGAUGCAGGACUUGACAGACACCUUCAAGAUAAACCCUGGCCAAGCAAAGCAGCACUUCGAUGAGCUUUUCUCAUCUUGCGACACUGAGAGGAUUAAAGAACAGGCCAGAGCUGUCCUGGAUGUAGAGUUUGCGGCUUACAGAGAAGCUGUGCGUACUCGGCCUGAGCUCCGAGAUGAUGCUGGCACAGAACUGCUUUCCCCAGUCAUCCACACUCUCCAGUUCCUCAUUCAGAUCGCCCCAGGGUCCAGGCGUGAGCUGAGUGUCCGACUGGCAGAUUGCCAACUGCUGAGCAAGCAAGUCAACAGUGCUCUGAAGAUCUGCACCCACCUCUUGGAGUCUGACCAGAAUACUUAUUACAACAGCCUCCUAGUCCUGCGAGGGUUUUGUUACCUCCACACCAGUGACUGUCAGCAAGCCCUGCUGGACUUCCAGAAAGUCAUUGAACAUGACUCCCCACACCCCAACAGUUGUGUGAAAGCCCUGUGCGGGCGGGGACUUAUCCGGAUUUUGGGUGGCAGUCCUUACCUCACGGCCCUGGAUUAUAUCACUGCCUGUCGACUGAGAUUAGACGAAACCAUCCUCACUGUCAAGUCCUAUGUGCCCUGGAACCAAAGAGGGCUGCUCCUGAAGGUGCUCCAGGAAGAAGGGCAGAAGAUACUCCAGAAAAAAACAUCUCCAAAAGGCAGCUCAGCCUUCAGGCAAAAGAAAGGAGCAGGACUGAAUGGAUUCCUGACAAAAGAAGGAGAUGCUUUCGGGGUUCACCAGCUGGCUUCUCUCUUGAUGGAGCUGGACCCUUCUGAUGAAGCUUCUCAGAUCCUGGGUGCCGAUGCCUUGUACCAGCUGGAUCGCGUGGUUGAAGCUCACAGAAUCCUCUUGGUCGCCCUCUCUAGGAAUCCCCAGAGAUCUCCCAUCCUGGCAAGGCUGGCGCUACUGCAGCUGAAGAAAGGCUUCUUGUAUGAUGGGACUCAGUUGCUAAAGAAAGUGAUCCAAAUCGGAGACAGUUCCUGCCUCCUGCUGAUCAUGGAUAUUUUCAAAGAUGAAGAUCGGAAGCUGAUGCAAACUCACUGCCACUCCAGGGCUAUGACCAUCCUGAAGAAUAAGCAGGGAGAUACUUACGUCAAAGAAGCUAUUGCCAACCUUUCCUUUGCUAUCAUUGCAUCAGGUGGCUACGCUGAAGAGUCCCUUCUCACCAGGGCUCGAUGUUAUGGACACCUUGGCCAGAAGAAAACUGCAAUUUUUGAUUUUAAUGCCAUCCUGAAGGAGGACCCUAGAAACGUACAGGCCCUGAGUGGAAGGGGAUUCAUUUACCUUGCCCUGAACCAGCAGAAGGAGGCAGUGCAGGAUUUGACUUCAGCCCUCAAAGAGGAUGCAGCAGUGGCAAUCCCAGAGAUUCUAUCUUUAAAGCAUGAAGCCCAAGUGCUCAUCACCCAGUGGCUACUUGACCACUGCAGGACUGUGUUAACCGAACUUGUUGCCGAUAAGGAUCUUCCAAAGGAAGAGACUCUCAAGGAUCUCAUUGUGAUUGGUGGAUCUUUAAUUAAAAUCAACAGCAAGGAAGCAAGAUGUCACAUCUUAUAUACAGACAUCUUAAUUGCAGGUGGGAGAUAUGAGGAUGCCCUUCUACAUCUUCAGGGGUCAUUUGGCCAGGCUAUAGCCGACAAAUCUGCCAACGCUCAACUUGCUGUGCUGCAACUGAAGAGGAGAAACAUGCUGCCGGCUGCUCACUCCUUAAGCAUUUUAGCUGAGAAAGGCCACGGGGAGCUGGGAUUCCUCUUGAACUUUUUAGACGCUAAGCAACGACAGAACCUCUCUCAGGUAGCAGCCCAGGAAGGAAAUGCAUUGAUUAAGGACCAUCACUAUGAGACAGCUCUAAAUUAUUACUCACUGGCCAUCUUAACAAGCAACAAUAAUCCACGCUACCUUCGGCAACGUGCUGCCUGCCUAUUGCAGCUGAAGGAAUAUGGCCAGGCUUUAAAGGACGUGGACAAAGUGAUCCAGAAACAUGAGUCUCAUGGCCUAAGAGCUCAGGUGGAGGAUCACUGCUCAAAGGGUCAGAUACUCUUAUCACUUGCAGACGCAGAAGCCGCAGUUAAACAAUACAUUCAGGCAUUGCAACUAAACCAGUCCCUGGCCUUGUGCAGCAUCACUAAUGGCCCCGGUAGGAAAAUUUUGGCCCAAACAUUUCACCAAAUUGCACAACAUUAUUUUGAAAUUCCCCGUUACGAAGAGGCCUGGAAAACUGUGGCUUAUGGUCUCAUAAUUGACACAAACAAUAAUGAACUCAAGAAACUAAAAACAAAAAUUAAACGAGAGGCAUCUGGGUGCAGCGUUCAUUAAGCUGUUCGGUUUUGCCCAAGGAUUCAUUGGUUAUGGGUUUUGUUUAUGUGAGAACAAAGGAGAAGGUUAGAAGUUUAUCAUAUACAGCACCAUCCAAUUAAUGUUCUGAGUAUCUUUUAUAUACACGCUGUGCAUUGCAUGGCACAAUAUGAGCUCUGUACUGUGUACAGCAAAAUCAAGGGAUUCAGUGCAACAAGUUACAAACAUUAGAGCAAAACUGACCAAGAAAUUCAAGUAAAGGAAGGUCAAGGAGUGCAAACUUCAAUAUCCAGCAUCUUUUUAAAUUAUUUUUCACACUUUUAUUAACAUUUAUGGUAGUCUAAAAAUUAAUUCUGGCUAACACAUAGUCUUCUAUCAGAUUGAAGGGAAAUUCUAAAUGGCUGUGCAAUGUUUGUGAAUAAUUACUGUAUUAAUACUAUUGACUGCUAUUCUUUUCUUUACCUUUAAAAUUCUUUAGCUGUCUCAAGAGGUCCUGUGCUGUACAUGUCAAAUGGAAGCAUUAUGACUGUUGCAACAAAUAAGACAUUUGCUAUGCAUUUUCUGUUUAUCAUUGGUUUUCAGUGUUGACAAUAACCCAAUCCUGAGAUAAGGGGAGCUCCACAUACGGGUUUGUGAAUGCUCAGCAUCUUUACAAAGCAAAUCACAAAUGCUUUAUAGAGACAAUUGCUCGUAGGCUAAAGAGACAAGGAAGAUUUAAAAUAAGUGAUUAAAAAAAUAUACCUUAUUCACUGAUUCACAGGAAAAUCAUAGAAAGAGCUCAAUAUACAGACUGGGGUGGGCAAACUUUUUGGCCCAAAGGCCACAUCUGGGCAUGGAAAUUGUAUGGUGUGCCAUGAAUGGUCAUGGUUCCCGGCCAAUGGGAGCUGCGGGGGCAGCACUUGGGGCAGGGACAGUGUGUGGAGCCCUCUGGCUGCCCUUACACAUAGGAGCCAGAGGGGGGACAUGCCACUGCUUCCAGGAGCCGCACAAACCCGUGGCACGUGCGGAGCACGGCAAGCCCCGGACCCCACUCUCUGUCGGGAGCUCAAGGGCUGGAUUUAAAUAUCUGAAGGGCCAGAUCCAGCCGCCAGUCCAUAGUUGGCCCACCCCUGAUACAGACCCAUAGCCUCAGGUUAUCCUUAUAUAACAUUUAUAUAGUGGUAUUCCCUAGAGGGCAAUCAGGUCAGGGCCAUGCUGUACUAGGGGCUGUACAAUUGUAUAGCAUAUGAAAACCCUUGCGCC